CUGCGAGUGGCGCCAGAAGGGCUGGUGCUGGGCAGCCGUUCCUGGCCCGCGUCUGAGCCCGCCGGAGUUCGCGGCGGAAUGGAGCAGUGAGAUAGCCGACGUUUAGGCCCGAGUGGCCGUGUGUAACACUAACCGAACUAUGGCAGGGCGCCAGACUAAUGGCUUCAAUGAUUCCCAAAAGGCUUUAGAUUACACUACAUUGAAUCAUACAGCCGAGGAGGAGAUAAAAGCUUUUCUCAUUAAUGAAGAUGAGUUGCACCAGUUUGAUGAUCUCACUAAAGUUAAUCCAGUAACAACUGCCACAGUUUUAAAAUGUCUCCAGGCAAGAUAUGCAGCUGGCAUAUUUUACACUAAUGCAGGUUGUACACUGGUGGCUCUAAAUCCAUUCCAGCGUGUGCCUAACUUGUAUUCCUCUGAGGUCAUGAAAGAAUACCACAAUGUGUCUCGACCACAGGAAUUGAAACCUCACAUCUUCACGGUGGCUGAACAAGCCUUCAGGAAUGUACAGAGCCACAUUGAACCAGUUAACCAAUCACUAAUAGUCAGUGGGGAGAGUGGUGCUGGAAAGACCUGGACGUCACGUUGCCUUAUGAACUACUUUGCCACAGUUGCUGCCUCAUCCACUUCUAUAAAGUGCCAAGAAAAUGUGGAACAAAUAGAAAAAAGAGUACUGGACUCCAAUCCAGUGAUGGAGGCAUUUGGAAAUGCAUCCACACUAAGGAAUCACAACAGUAGCCGAUUUGGAAAGUACAUCCAACUCCAAUUAAACAGAUCUCAGCAGCUGCAGGGAGCUUCUGUGCAAACUUACCUGUUAGAGAAAACACGAGUUGCCUAUCAAGCUCCUUUUGAAAGAAAUUUUCACAUUUUUUAUCAGAUAGUGAAAGGAGCCACUGAGGAACAGAAAUUGGAAUGGGGUCUUUCUGAAGCAGUAGAGUUCUUCUGGUUACCAAAUGCUGAGAAGACUUUAGAAGAGGACCAAUUUGCUGAAACCAAAAACGCAAUGCUACAUUUGGGUAUUGAUCACAGCACACAACAUAAUGUGUUCAGGAUUUUAGUUGCCCUUCUGCAUCUUGGCAAUGUGCAGUUCAGCUCUCCGUUGGAUGAGUCGUAUCCUUGUGAUCUCAAGGCAGAAGCUAAGAGCUUUCUUACAACCACUGCAAAUCUACUGAACAUUUCUGAGGAGGACCUUUUGGAACAGAUCAGAAUUCGGACUAUAAAAGCAGGCAGACAACAACAGAUCUUUAAAAAACCAUGCUCUAAAAUGGAAUGUGAGACGAGAAGGGACUGUGUGGCAAAAGUUGUCUAUGCAAAGCUGUUCAACUGGCUGGUAAAAGUUAUAAAUGGCUCUAUUUGUUCGCAUUCUUUUGGAUGGACCAAUUUUAUAGGUCUGCUUGAUGUAUAUGGAUUUGAAUCAUUUCCACAAAAUAACCUGGAGCAGCUUUGCAUUAACUAUGCAAAUGAGAAACUCCAGCAGCACUUUGUAGCACACUAUCUCAAGGCACAGCAGGAGGAAUAUACCUCAGAGGGUCUAGAGUGGUCCUUCGUCAGUUACCAAGAUAACCAGAGGUGUUUGGAUCUGAUUGAGGGGAAUCCCACCAGCAUUUUCUCCCUUUUAAACGAGGAGAGCCGUCUUAACCGAAAUUCAGAUGAAAACCAAUUCAAAACUCGCUUACAGACAGCUUUGGCAAAUAAUCAUUGUAUGAGCUGGGAUGUGUUCAGCAAGGUUCCAAACUUCAUUGUUGCUCAUUAUGCAGGAAAGGUCAACUACCAGAUUGAGGGAAUGAUGGAAAAGAACAAGGAUCCUGUGCCACCAGAGCUGGUUCAGUUGUUGCAGAUGUCGCAGGAUGUCCUGCUGAUGGAGCUAUUUCCCAUUGAAGAAGAAGAACACAAUGACACUAAAGCCCAGAACAAAGCAGUUACUGUGGUAUCUAAAUUUAAGGGUUCACUCGAGAGUCUCAUGCAUAUUUUGAACAGUACUACACCUCACUACAUCAGAUGCAUAAAGCCUAAUGUGGAUUGCAAGCCUUUCCUUUUCAUAUCAGAGGAGAUUUUCACCCAGCUAGAAGCCUGUGGUUUAGUUGAAACAGUUAACAUAAGUGCAGCUGGAUUCCCCAUUAGAGUUCCAUAUAAGCAUUUUCUGGAACGCUAUGAACUUAUGGGAAAAUUUGGCCAAGUUAAUUUACAAAGUGCAGCAAGUAUUAAUGGAUGCCUUCUUACAAAAAAAAGGAAAGGUUCAUUAUCAACAGAUGGCAGCAGUGAAACUUGCAGUCACUGUGCAGGACAUUCUCACUAAUGUAUUAGCUGGCCAAGUGUUGUAUCAUCAUUCUAUAACCCAGCUGCGAACAGGUUAUGUCGCUCAAUAGUGCACUGUGGCAAAACAAAAUUGUUCAUGACACACGGUAUGCUUGAACUGCUUGAAGGUGCAAGAAAUCAAGUGCUUUCCAAUAAGGCACUUUGUAUUCAACAUUGCUGGCGCAGAUACUGCCAGAGGAAAUUAGCACGAUCAAGGCAGGCAGCAACCGUCAUUCA